AUGAAACGCAAGGCGACACCUCUGGAAUGUGAAGACAAGUGCUCCAUCCCCCGCGGCUGGCUGUCACUGCGCGGACCCACGCAGAAACGUCGCCGUGCGCAUGGCUCCAGUCCGAAUCCGAGGCUGAAGAUCCGCGAGGCGGUGGCGCUGGUCAAGCAGGGCAACCUUGCUCUUGUGGUCUGCCAACUUCACGACCACUGUGGCCGGUCUUCUCCCCCCAGUUGGGAGCAGAAAGCAGUGACGGAUGUCCUGCGGGUCCACCUUUAUUCCAAAUUCUUGCAGCUUGGCAAUUGCCUGUUGAGCCACAGCUUGUUUGCUAAUGAGAGGAAUCCUGACCCGUUACCCCCUCCUCCACCUCAUCGCAAUAACAAAGAUUGGCGCAAGAGAAAACAUGAGGACCACUUCGCUCCAGAUGCGAAACGCCGACGUGCUGACAACUCGACCCACCCCAUGUCACAACAAUCUCUCCAUGCUCGUCAUUUUUCUAACACUGACCGCGAAGUGGCUGGUUCCUCAAGAUCAUCCUCCUCCGUUUUAAACCACCUUCAUCCCAGCACGAAUUACAGUUCCAACUCUGAUGAUCCUUCGAAUCCAUGCAGUUCCAUGUUCAUCUCCCCUUAUGCCAACGACAAGCUAAGCAGUCAGAUGUUCAAUCUAUUCAAGAUGUGCACGCAGCAGCCUUCAGAUUUAAACUGCAAAGAGAUGUGUCGGACUUGGCUGCAACAAGACGUCCGUGUCUUCGAAAUGGGGCGGCUGUAUAUGACCGGAUCCACCAUGAGCGGAUUUGCCAGCCGGAGCAGUGAUGCCGAUUUGUGUUAUGUCCUCCAUGAAAGUAAAAAAAAAGAUCCAGUAGCUGUCCUCUAUGCCCUCCAAAGGAUUCUCAAAUCAAAGGAUUAUUUGGACAAGCUCCAUCUGAUCAGAGCUAAAGUGCCAAUCCUCAGGUUCCGAAGGAAAGGCAGCAACCAGAUAUUUGACUUGAACGUCAACAACACCGUGGGAAUCCGAAACACGUUCCUUCUGAAGAGUUAUGCUUUUGUUGAACCCAGGGUACGGCCCCUCGUCCUUGUUAUCAAGAAGUGGGCAAGGCACCAUAAAAUCAACGAUGCCAGUCAAGGAACUUUAAGCAGCUACGCACUGGCGCUGAUGGUGCUACACUACCUCCAGACUCGUGAGAAACCAGUGCUUCCUUCACUACAGUUGGACUUUCCAGAGUGUUUUGAUCCAACUCUGGACAUUGACAUGAUCCCUGAGAGAGCCAAAUGCAUCCCCCGCUACUGCUCCGACAACAACUCAUCUUUGGGAAUGCUGCUUCUGGGUUUUCUCAGAUAUUACGCGACAGAAUUCAGCUGGGAAAAGAGCGUGAUUUCCGUUCGAACUGGCAGAGCUUUGCCUAAAGAAGAUAAUCAAGAGUGGAGAGGCAAAUUCAUAUGCGUAGAAGAACCGUUUGAGAGGAAAAAUGUCGCACGGGCGGUUUACAAGCGGGACAAAUUUGAUGCCAUUAAAACACAGUUUUUCAAGUCGUGGAGAACACUACAGUGGAGAAUGGACCUAAACGCAUUUCUUCCUGUACAAGAGAUCAUUGAUGAUGAAACUUCCUUGUACAAACUGUUCUAA